AAAAUAGGACGGAUGGACAGGUGAACAUAGUCGAGUCAAACUAAUCUAAAUGGCAUGUGGUUCAUACAAAUUGUACAGGAAAUCAGACAGCCACGUUGCAAAAGGGGGUGUUUGUCUCCCCAACGAGAUUCUCGUAAGGAUCCUCCAGGAGAUUCCUCCCUUGGAACUGGUUCCGUGCAGAAGGGUGUGCCACAGAUUUAAAUCCCUGGUGGACGGCACUCCGUCCCUCCAAUAUGCUCUGGAGUGCACGCUAGCAGGUGCUAACCCCAUUCCGUCCAAGAGAUUUGGCUUGCAGGUCGCAUUAGAGAACUUGCGCAUGUGGCGCGAGUCUUCGAUUGCGCUCGAUCGUACAGAAGAUUACGAGCUGCCGUAUCCUGACGGCACUUUGACCCGUCGACCUGGUAGUAACACCGUCGUGGCACGAACGUGUGUUGCUCAGAUUAUUCCUGGAAGAGAUAUACUCGUUACACAGCUGCAAUCGAGGUAUCGCGGCAUCCCUCCAAAACAGUGGAUCGUUAAGCCGCCGGAGAUGACGCCACUCAGCUUUAUCGAGAUGGACCAGAGCCAAGACUUGCUCGUCAUAGUGCAAAGCUCAAUUGUUGGGAAUGUUCUCAUGGGUUAUGAGCUCGGGACCGUAACACUCUCCACAGGCAGACCCCAUCCUUUAGGCCAACGACAGGCCAUCAGGGUGGCCUUCACUUUCCCCGUCUUUGUCGAUUCCCAGGUAAGACUGUGUAUUUCGGACAAUCACCUGGGAGUUGUCCUCUUCAGCAAUUUGAGGCCAAUGCCCCACUCGGAAAUCUGGGUGUGGAACUGGAAGACGGGCGAGCUGAAGCUUAAUGCAUACGCAGUCACUCAAGUAGGACGUAUGAUCGCCUCAUCUCUGGUAUUCCUUGACGGCAAACACGUUCUGGUUCCGUUCUGGACUUCCAUGCCCCCUCUCCGCGACGCCGACGAGAUGCAUCUACGAAUAUUUUGCUAUGAUCCCGGAGAUCCUACCAGAAGAAGCUACGAGAACAUCGAGGCGGUAGCGAUUCUGAAUCUGCCCGAGCUUGGGCAUCGCAUUGGUGUUCUGCAGCUGGACGGCGCUGGAAACCCUUACUCGACCCAGCUUCCACCUGCAAGCUUCGACGCACCAUUUGAUGGUAGCAUGAGGUCGCGCGUAUUCGCUCUAAACAUCGUGCUCACGACGAACAACGACACUCGGCCUCUCUAUUAUCUCCUGUUUGCACCUAUGCGCCUCUUUCAGCGCUGUUGCGACGUACGACGCUUCCACAUCGUUAACUGGGACUCAUGGUCUGGAGAUGCCCGACUGAUCUAUAAACAUCCGCUCGGCAUCGUCAGCGAUGGGCACAUCUUUCAGACCCGGGCUCUCUUCCCUGAAUCCAGACACACUUCAGACGGGGCUCAGCCCGACAAUGAACACACGCCUCUUGUCAUCUACGACUUUUCAUCUCCCGAAUUGCUGCGCCGUGAUGCUUCAUUGGGUCGAUUCCGCAACUGCGAAUACGUCUUUGAGCCGACCGCCCUCGGGAACGAACAGAACGCCUGGAAGCACUCGAAGAUUGUGACCGGCGAGGCGCUACCGUUCCGCAAGAUCUGGACAGGCUUCACGCUCUCGUUGCGAAGAGGCAUGUUCUCAUUAGUUGAAGACUGUCUGAUCAUAGGUGAUGAAGACGGGACAUCGUGGCAUGUCAAGCAAUUCUGA